UCGUCGACGAUUACAGUGUUUGUUGGUGUUGCUCGUUUCGUUCGUACAAGACUACUUUUGACGUGACCAUAAACCGGUUUGAAAGUGGCGAGGUGUGGCAUAACGCUCUCGGACCGUUUUCAAAGUUCAAAAUAUACUGUGAAGUGACUCAUUUCUGUUCAUCGUUUUAUCAAAGAGCGAAAAGGAGGCUUGUGUACGAGAGGGACAACAGGAGACAAGUUUCAAAACUAGUUGGUUACAGUUUUUUUUUAGUAAAAGUAACAUCUCUCGAGUGAACUCUAGUAAUGCCAGUGUCUUGUGCUCUGUGAUACAAGUUUGUUUUGGUUUCAAAAUGGCCGCGUUUCCCGCGCUUUUUGGAUUAUUCUUGAUCGCUGCUGUAUCAGGACAAGCAGUCGACAUUACACCAAGAGAGGCAGUAAGGCGUGUGGGAGAUAACUUGACUGUGCUUUGCAAGGUUCCAUACCCCAUAGACUCUUGUCGUAUGACAGUAGGAACUACUUCGUACAGAUUGAUACCGUCGAACCAAGAUGAAGAAGUCGUUUACGCCGGGCAAGGGCUUGAGCACGGUGAAUGCGGAGCCCAUAUCAAACAUAUUCGUGAGGAGUGGAAUGGAGUUAUCUCUUGCAUGCUUCCUCCUCAGAGUGGCAGCAUCGAAGUUACUGGAGCUAUGAAAUUGGUUGUUGCAAAGGCACCAGGAAAUCCCCAGCUUAUCUAUUCUCCUCAAUCCAACUUCAAAGAGGGGGACAUCUUCAUGGGCCAGUGUAUAGUGCCCAAUGGAAGACCAGCAGCCAAGAUUACUUGGUUAUUAGAUGAAGAGAUUCUCCAAACGGGCGUUCACCAGCCCAUCAUAUCAUCAGAGCCAGGAAGUGACCUGCAGACCAUCAGCCAGAACAUCACCAGAAGCCUGACUGCUGAUGAUAACGCCAGGAAACUGACGUGCAGAGCUGAACACGAGGCGCUUGUUAGUCCCAAAGAAGCAUCGAGACAACUUAUUGUAUACUAUCCGCCAAAGAGCCAAGAGACUGGACUAAUGACGAUAUUCGGUCUGAAGAUUGGUUCGGAAGGUCGCCUGAAUGUCACCGUCAGAUCAAACCCACCUCCUAGCGUGCAGUGGACAGUUGGAGACCUGGUACUUGACGCUCCCCGUGGGAACGAAGACGGCAGCAUCAGGGCAUUGGAGCCUAACCAUUUGGGCGCCGGCUAUUAUAAUAUUACACUGGUUUUGGCUGUGGUGGCGAAGGAGGACGUGGACCGAACCUACUACCUUCAGGUGACGAACGACCUGGGCCGGGAGGACUUCUCACUCAGACUAAGCACCAUGGACGAACCUGCCGGUGUUGAUCUAAGCACGGGCGCCAUUGUGGGUAUUGUCGUUGCUAUACUGCUCUUACUUAUCGCCAUCUCGCUUGUCGUGUUCGCUAAAGCGACCAACAGAUGGUGCUUUGCCGAUCACAGUCGGGAAAAUGCGAAGAGUUCUGGCGAAUCGAACCCAGCGGGUGAUGUGCUUUUGGGAACAGGGAUCCCUCUCUAUAAAACUAGCGACACGGAAAGCGCGGUCGGUCGAGAGAGGUCGCGACUGAGCGCUCUGGGUGCCCGUGUGCGUGCAGCGCUGCCGCGCGCACGUGACCGCGUGCAAGCCACAGAACCCGUGCCGACUCCAGAUGCUGAUGAUAAGGCUUCAGAUGAAGACAAAAAAGUCGUGUACGCAGAGUUGGUUCUCGGUGAUCAAACUGCUGAGAAACCUCCCCCACCUUCUACAGAAUACGCAGAAAUUGUUUACACAGACCAACCGCAAGUUAAGGAGACAAAGGAAUAAAUAGUUUCUCUAUGGCGAAUACAAAAGACGGCCAGGCUUUCGCAUUCUAAGCCGUUCUCGUAAAGUUCAAAUUAAGAACUCGAAAACUGCCGCGCAAUUUUACGCAUUAUUUAAAUUUAGAAAGAACGGUAUUAUAUAUAUAUUUAACGGUCUUUUUUAUUCAACAUUUUGACGUGGCUUCGAAUACGAAAGUCUUACCGAAUAAACCACCGCGUAGCAGUACUACUUGUAGAUUAUCAUUUCAAAUCGAUGGUUUUUCCACAGGUUUCAAUACUUGAUAAGAGAUGGCGCUAUAUUAUACCUAAAACAGAUAUCCAAAUGCUUAUUAUUAUAUAUUAAAGCUCCAUCUGUUAGCAAAAACUUUGAACCGAUCGAAAAACUUUUUGUUACCAGUAACAGGAUUUUACAACUUUAUGCUGCCGCCUUUUUCAAUUUAUUUAUUUUGAGCUGAAUGAAAUCAAAGUAUUUAAUGUCGUUUUAUAAACAUAUUUUUUAUUUAGUUGUUUAAAAUUUAAUUAUUAUUGCAGUAUUACGAAAGGUUUUUUCUUUAUAAUUUCUUUGUCAUUGUCAGACUAUGAGAAUUACAGACGGUAAAGACACUGGGAUCACAUAUCACCAGUAAAAAUUUUGUAUUUUAUUUAUUUCAAUGUAAAAUAACACGAAGCGUAUGUUAUAAAAUUUGAAAGAUGCCAUUGUGUGUCAAGAUGCCACGCACACAAGCAUCUAAUAGAUGCCUUGCAUAAAAAAGCUAUUGUUAGGUAGUGCGGUAUCUAGUUGGAGCGCAGCGGAGACCAAUCCUUAAUCUAAGGACUCAAUAUUAUAUUUAUAACGAUCAUGAAGUAUAAAUACAUUAUCUAGGCUUAUUUGUUUCCCGUCUAAUUCUUAUAGUCUGCAAUUCAUCAUUAAUUUUAACCAUAUUCAUUAGUUACUUAUUGCAUUAUCCAUUUUAGUUUUAAGAAUCUGUAAUCUCAUAAUAUAUGUGAAGGAUUUUCUUUGCAUUCCUAAGUUAUUUAAGUUUAAGAGAUAUGUAUUUAUAAAUAAGUAUUGCUAUUUUGCAACAAUUGACUAAAUGAAAGUUAAACUAUUUUAAAUGGACGAAAUUUACAUUUUAUUAUCUAUAAAUCGAGAAUUGCUGAAAAAAAUUCAAAUAAUUAAUAAAUACUAAAAAAAUCUUGUUAUAAAUUAUAGGUUGUCAAUGCAAAAGGUAUUUCUAGAUUACUUUGAAUACACCUUUCUAUUGUUACGUUACCGGAUUAAAGUGUGAAUUUAAAAAUAAUAUAAAUAUAAAAAAUAGACAUAGCUACUGCUUGUACAUUACUCUGUACCAUGUGAAAAUACGCUAUUUUCUGGUAUUAUAAUAGUACCUGAUAUUCUAAAAUAUACUUCAUUUAAAUCGGUUAAAUUUAAUAUAUUUUUUAUUUUAGAAUUUAACCGCUUUUAUAAAGUAAUUUGAAUUUGGUAUAAAUAUUCUUGUACGCUCAUUUCACAGGGAAGAUUUUCUUUGAGAGCAAAAGACCUUUUAUUGGAAUAGGAGAUUUCUUGACUGUGGACAAACAACUUAAAAUUAAACACAAAGUAGGAACCUACUCUAUUUUUUUUACAUUUAUUGUAAAAAACAAAUUUAAAUAGCUUAGAUAAUUUAUACGUCCAGAUAGAGCGUCUUGCUGUAAGGCUACGUAUGAUAACAGGCUGGAUUUAUUACUUUACAGCUACGUCUUACACUCGCAAUACGCCAGUCACUUUGUUUUACAAUGCGUCCAAAAUCAAAUCAUAAUAUAUCACUUUAUUCAUGUAGAUCAAAGAAAUAACACUUAUGAAUGUCAAAAUUUUUUUUUCUCAUGAAUCUACUGCUACUUCGUAAAGAGUUGAGCUAAUGAGAAGAAGUAGCAAGAAACUCAUUGCCACUCUUUUAAAUCACGAUUUACAUUUUCAUAGGUUUACAAAUCAUUUCAAAUGAUGCAACAAAACAUAUUCAAGCGUCAAAUAGUCAAUGCCUUACACGAGUAAAUGUCAAUUAAUACAAAACAAAAGUUAUUGAGUGCGUUGCUGAAAAUAGAGGCUAACAUUUUGUCGCUAUUUUUUCGACGUUUUCACAACUGUCACAGAAUUGAAAACGUAUAAAUUAUGUAAAAAUAAAAGUUAUACAUAACUAAAUACCAUGAAAACUACUAAAGGGUUAUCGCUUGCGAUUACGUUACAUUAAAAUAAAUACCUAUAUAAUGGUAUUUUAAUAACUAGGUUAGCCUACACAAAUAAAUGGUUGUUUAAUAAAAAUCCUUUUUUUUAGUAAGCCUAAUAUUAUUUGCGAAAAAAUAUCUACUUUAUGAGGUAAAAUAAGAAGAAAUAAUUUAACAAAGAAUAAAUAUAUUCAUAGUAGAUUUUGAUAUCAUAAUUAUUUAAACAAUAAGCUAAGUAUUUACAGGCAAAAGAUUUAAUUUGCCUUUCAUUGAAGAGAAAUCUCUACGUCACAUAAUCUAAUACAAUAAGGCUGGGUUGCACCAACAAACUUUAGCAAUAUCAAACAUUUUAAUGUACCGGUUAAGGCUGGGGACCGAGCCACCUAGCGGAGUGGAGCUACGAUACCUCUCCCAUACAAAAUCGACAUAGUAUUAAUUCAAAAUUAAAAAGCAUUUUUAAUUUAUUACACACAUAAUACAAUUUUCUUUACAAAAAUAACAAAACUAAGUCAUGUUAAACAGUAUUGAUAAAAAGUUUUCAUACGUUUUUUUUAUCUAGAUUGAAUAAUUAAUAUGGAUCUAACUUUAAAAGUAAGGGUUACUUUGGUGAUUUUUUUUCACAAUGUCUAUUAAACAUAGAAAUGUAAAGAAAAAAUGAAUUAUCAUCUCAUAUUCUGUAGACAUAUAACUAUUUUUUGUAAAAAUGGAAAAAGUUUGCAGCCUUAAGCAAAAAUGUGUAUCACCAUUUGACAAUUUCUAGAUGACCUAAUGACUUUAACUGUUGACGCUAACUAUCCUAUCUUCGCUGGUUAAAGAUUUUGUUAAUUUAAAAUAGCUAAAUAGCAACCUGUCAAAAGUUUCAAAUACUAAUUCGAUAUUGAAUACGAUGGUGUUACAUAUUACACAUAAAUUUGUCUUAAAAGCCAAUGCAGCCUUAAAGAUUUUAUGUUAAUGAUGCAUGUAACAUUCUGAAACGAGAAUCAAAUUAAAUCUUUUGUAUGUUUUUUUUACAAUAGACUAAAAGCUUUUUAUCCGUCCAUAAAAGUUAUUUUAAUUUUAUACUAUAAAAAAUAUGUUAGAAUUAUUAAAUAUAUUGUUUUAUUUUGAUUGUGUAUGUAAAUUAUAUUAAGGGUUCCUGAAUUUUGAUGAUAUUUUACUAAAUGUAAUAUAAGGUAUGUUUACAAUACAAAUUUAUAAACAUUUUUUAUCCUUAUCAAGAUGUAUAGCGGUAACUGCGCACAUGUUAAGGUCUUUAUAACGUUUAUAUGUUUAGCUUCUUGUGUAUAUUGCACCCAGCUUGACAUAGUGCCAAUUGUGAGAUUUUUUACCUAUUCGAUCGCGUAAAAGUAACUACGAUUUGUAUCGCGUCGAAAGAGCGCCAUCUAGUGACAGUAGCGGAAAACAUCAUAGCGCACACACUUGGCGCUCUGUUUGUCGCGACAAUAACAAUUGCACAAUAUAAGUAUAAAUUAGUAUUGCAUAUCGACCCACGAAAUCGGGCAAUUGCGCUUUUUUGGCUGUCCGCAUCCAUUGAAGUAGAACGGAGCAAGACCCGAUAUGGGACGAGUCAUUAAACUCGAAAAAAAAAUGGCAGUUGUAGACUGCUGGUAGAAAGUGAAAACUUUUAGUAUUAAAAUUUCAAAAUUUAAUGUCUGUACUUAUGCGGAACAAAGUUGAUAUUUAUGUGUAGUUUAGUACUAUUUUAGUAGUUAAAAUUGGCACAACUCCGCUCUCCUUCAACAGACAGGUUUAGGUUCGCAUACCGCUUAAGAUCCAUGCAGUGAGCUUUAUGACUGUACAAAAGUAUAUCAAUGUGUACGCACAAGACUUUACUAAAAUAUAUUCAAUAAAUUUAUUCUAAAAGAAUAUGUAUCUUGAUUCUCAUAUUUUAUUACUUGACUAUUUUUGCACAGAUAAGUACCUAUUUAUUACAUAUUCAUAGUUAGAUAAGUACUUAAUUAUAUUUACAAUAAAUAGAUGUGUCAUA